AGAGACUCAGGCCGCCUGGGCGUAGUUCUGUCUCCCCGGAAAAAACUGAUUCUCCGAUCCUUGGGAAACGAUGACCCCACUUCUGACUGGAAAUGUCGCCUGAGCUUUGAACCCAACCUGCGGGACCACAUCUGAGAAAAACCCUGCCUGUGUCUGCAGAGUAAGCUUGGAUUCCUCAAAUUAUUCAGGGAUGGAGAGCCUUCAGCAGUAUUAAAUAUAUUACCAUCAAUUUAUGAGAUGGCAUCUUUGCAAAGGAAGGGGCUGCAAGCAAGGAUUCUCAGCUCUGAAGAAGAGGAGAAACUGAAAAGAGACCAAGAUUUAGUGUCUGAUUUUAAACAACAAAAACUGGAAAAAGAGGCUCAGAAGAACUGGGAUCUUUUUUACAAAAGAAAUAGUACUAAUUUCUUCAAAGAUAGACACUGGACCACCAGGGAGUUUGAGGAACUCAGAUCAUGUAGGGAGUUUGAAGAUCAAAAAUUGACUGUGCUUGAAGCUGGCUGUGGGGUUGGGAACUGUUUAUUCCCACUUUUAGAAGAAGAUCUGAAUAUAUUUGCUUAUGCCUGUGAUUUUUCUCCAAGAGCAGUUGAAUAUGUCAAGCAAAAUCCUUUAUAUGACACAGAGAGAUGCAAGGUAUUCCAAUGCGAUCUAACUAAAGAUGACCUUCUGGAACACAUGCCCCCAGAGUCUGUGGAUGUUGUCAUGUUGAUAUUUGUGCUCUCUGCUGUUCACCCUGAUAAAAUGCACCUUGUCUUACAAAACAUUUACAAGGUAUUAAAACCAGGCAAAAGUGUCUUGUUUCGCGACUAUGGGCUAUAUGAUCACGCCAUGCUUAGGUUUAAAGCCGGCAGCAAACUUGGAGAAAACUUUUAUGUUAGACAAGAUGGAACCAGAUCGUAUUUUUUUACUGAUGAAUUCCUGGCUCAGCUCUUUGUGGACACAGGUUAUGAAGAAGUGGUAAAUGAGUAUGUAUUUCGUGAGACGGUGAACAAAAAAGAAGGUCUGUGUGUGCCAAGAGUUUUCCUUCAGAGCAAAUUCCAAAAGUCUCCAAAGAACCCAACGCCUGUGACCCUGGGCCUGGGUCACAGGUCCUGACCUUUCUCAGGGUUGACUUUUAUGCCUCCCCUUGAAGAGGAAUGUUUAAAGUCACUUUCUAUUUUGUAUAUUUUUAUAUUUUAACUUUUUAAAUGAGUAUAUAUAAUUUUUGUAUUAAAAAGUUGUAUGUGUGUGUAUGUGUUAUAGAAAUGCAAAAGCAAAUAAAUUGCAA